AUGGAUCCCAAGAAUCUAUCAUUGUUCAAGACAUACGACAAACCAAGAGGGGAGGGCGGGUCGAGCUCCUUUGCCACUUUCAUGAUCAUUGGCCCGGUAUGCUUCUUCCUAGGCAUGCUCUUCUCCUCCUUCCCCUACGACUACCCCCUCCUAUGGACGUCCGAGGCGACUCCGGCCGAAUACUACGACCAGCUGGAGAUCCAUCUCAGGUUCCUGCACGCCUCGCCCCCUAUCAUCGCGCGCAUCCUCCACAUCGCAAUCACCGUCGGCUUCGUGGGCUUCUUCAUUAAGCUCUUCAAGCCUUCCGAGGCCAACCUCCUCUUCGAUGGCUCGUCCAUGGUCCUCUACCUCAUCGCCGUCGUCAUCUACAUCACCAACAUCGUCAAGGGCCUCCGCAUUGUGACUUUGGGCCUCUACGGCAUGACGGAAGGCGACACGGAACUCGCCAUCGGCAGAGAGGAUAGCUUGAGGGUCCUCGCGGCUAGCAAUACCAUUCUGGCGCUGGUGCUGGUCGGGGUCCUGGUCCUGCAAGCUGGUCAGUGGUACGCCGAGCGCAAGGACCUCGACGAGGCUAUCAAGUUCGAGAAGGAGCAGGAGGAGAAGAACGCUGCGAGGAGUCCCAAGGUCGGGACCCAUGCCACCAAGGCGGCGUCGAAGAAGAAGCAAUGA